AUGGAUGAAGACAAAGUCGGCGCGACAUUUGAAUUUACAAUUCUUACAACAACUAAAGAGUUUUGGAGUCCACCAUUUGCCACCUCGACUAACAUGUAUUGGCAAUUAAAUUAUGAAGCUGAAAACGAAGCAGAACCUGGUCAUUGUGCUCUCUGGUUGAGAGCCAUACCUAAUUACGAGGAGAGCACAUCAAAUACAAUGUGGAUUGAACGAGCGAAAAUGAAACCACUUUUAUAUUUUAAGAGUGCUUUGAAUAAAAAAAGUCAUGUCAACAUCUACGAGACUUUUAUAGAACCUGAAGAAUAUUCACUAUUCUCCGGAAGAUUAGGUUACAAUUUUACGAGAGCUUAUUUACCACCAAGGAUCAUUCUUGGAGUCACAUUUACAGAAUUACGCUCUCAAUCAGACCGAGCAGAUUUCCCUUUUCCUCCAAAAUAUCUUUCCGGGAAUGCUGUCAAUGCAUGGAUGCAUUUGCUAUGUGACAAGGAAACCGCAGAUGUUGUAUUCAACACGAAAGGAAAAAAAAUAUAUGCCAAUACGUCCAUUCUUUCGGCAAGAUCCGAAUAUUUUCGAGGUCUAUUUAGUCGAGAAUGGGCAGAAUCAACAUCAUCCGCAUCCUUUUCAUCCAAUGACAAAAAUGAUAAUUCGGACGCUUGCGAUUCCAUUGUAAACUAUCAUUCCAAGGAAAUAUGUAUUGAAAAUAGUAAAAUUAAAUAUGUCGUCGAUGUCACGGAUUUCGACAGCGAUGUCUUUAUGGCAAUGCUUCGAUUUCUUCAUACAACUGACGUGGUACUAAAUCGAUACACCGACUCAACCUCAUGGAGCUGUAAAAUAUUCGCAAUCAGCGACAAAUACCUAAUCUCGGAACUUCGAGGGAUGGCAAAAGGCCAGAUUUUGUAUCAGUUAUCAAUCGAGAACGCAGCCGAGAUUUUCUAUGAAUUUGCGUGGAAAUGGAAUGACUUAAAAGAGGAAGUAUUGAAAUAUGUGAUCGAGCAUUUUCCCAAGAUACGUAAGACCAAAGGAUACAAGAAAAUAUGUAAACCGGAAGCUGAUGCUCGAAUUGGAAGUCUCACGAUUGAGAUUAUAAAUGCCUUGGAUUUCCCGUCUGAUACUUCUAGUGAAGAUGAGUAG